CUAUCAAGAUUUAUUUGUUCAGAACUUUUCCCAAUUGUCAACAAGUUCUUGCAAGCUACAGCAUUACGAGAUGGAUGAUAUUGAUUUGGUGUGUCUCCCUCUUACGCUACGUGAAUCUGCUGGUGAUGAUAUAAUUGAGGAUGAUGAUGAGCUUAUUAGCUGUAAUACUACUAUGUCUACAAUUCCAGCUAAUUAUAAUAUUAAAUAUUUUGAUCAUCGAUUUAAGGAGGAAAGAAUUUAUUCCCUUCAAAUUUUAAAUAAGCACAAUUUGGAUUGGAAGAUUCUGCAGAAAAAAAUAAUGUUUGCCGAAAGGGGUUACUUCUAUGAUGAAUUCCUGCCAAAUUAUUUAACUUUAUUCUGCUGCGGUGGCAUGAUCAAGAUUAAAGACUUGAAAAGUAAUUAUGAAAGAAAGCAACUGGCAACGAAUAAUAGACAAAAUCUUAACCACCAUUAUUCUGGCUGUCUAUUUUAUGAGCUAUGUGCUAAUAAAAAUCAGCUGUGUGAAGCCACUUUCCCAGUAAGGAUGUGCGGGCUAUGUCAAGUAAGCGAAGCAUCUUUUUAUACUGGUUGUUGCAAGAAAACAAUGUUUGCCUGUGGUCAUUGUUUAUGGGAGGAGCUAAUGUCAAAGUUUGACAUCAAUAUCAACAAAGUGUGCAGAGCAAUGGAUGACUUCCCAAGACAUCAAAAAGUAGAAAGUUGUAAUUUAAAGGCUAUUGGAAAUUUACUCUGUCCAUUUUGCUCCAAAACAUUUUUAUACAGCAGAGUCAACUAAAAAAUCAUUUUAAAUGUACAGUAGGGGUAGAGGGCAGAUUUUCUCAAAUAUUCAGUGCAGUUGUAUUUGCUUAAAAUGAACCACAAAUUGAUAUUAAAAGAAAUGCAGGGAUGUUUGAGAAAUUCUGCCCUCUUUAAAAAAAAAGUUUUUUUUUGUUUCUUUAAAGGAUGGGUUUUGUUUUUCUACAGAAAAAUCUAUUUUAUUAUAGGAAAUGUGCAACUUUUCUCUCUGGCCUAUAUAUUUCAACCCAUUGCUAGAUGUUGUGCAAAAAGCACACUUAAAAAAUUUUUUAAAAUCCAUCUAUCUGUUCUAAAAGAAAGAGGUUUUUUCAUUUUUAAAAAAUUAGUUAUUGAGAAAUCUUCAAAAAUAUUAGGAAGGGAUUUGUUUAUUUUUUUCCGUAUGAUACCCGGAAUUCUAUUGAAUACAGAGAAUAGGUUCAAUGCCAUCCUGCCUGCAUGUCGUAGGAGGCGACUAAAUGGCAGGUUAUGCAAGAGGGUUACAGGCUGAAACCCAUGCAUGUAAAACAAAAUGCAUCAAUGACAACUUUAUGUCAGUUGUAAAGGAGGCUGGGUAUUGUUCAAUGCCAGUGCCAUAAAAACAGACACACUGCCCUGUCUGCUCUAUUAAUGGCCUGGUCAAUGAUAAAGGUUGUUUUUUUUUUAUCUGCCUGUUAACAAGACGGCAGUCUACAAGCAGCAAAUUGACACAUUCAAAUGGUUUUACUUUUUUUAAAAAAAACGUAUAUAAAUAUUUUUUACUUCUAGGUUAGCAAUAACCUAUAUAAGAACAAAGUCAAUAAAAAUUUAAAAUAUUUAUGUACGUUUAUUUUCUACAAGUGAAACUACUUCAUUGUGUUUUAGACUGCUCCCUGCUAAGUACUGUAACAUCUUCUUUAUCAGCCUAAUGCUACAAAUUGUAGGCUUUAAAAUAAAAUUGUAAAACUAACAUCUUUAAGGCGGAUAUGUCUUUUCAAAGAUUUCGUUAAAAGUUUAUGGUGAAAGUUUUAUCUAUGAAAAACUCAAAAUAGUUAGAUCCCAUUACAAUUAAAGGGCCUAUCGUUUUCAAAUCUGGUAUGUUUUUAAUUUUUUUUUAAAUAAUUUUGAACCAGUGUUCUGUCAGCUUUUCAUUCAUAACACUUUUUAUUACCAGUUUAAAACAUACAAUUUUAAUAGACAAAUUAACAAUUUUGUAUAGGCCUACUAGAAGUUGCAGCACUUGUAUUCCAUAUUUUUAACUUAACCUUGAGCUUUACUUAAAGCUUCUAUGAUUAUGUACAUAUUUUGAUUCAAUUUUAUUUUUUCAAUUAUCUUUUUAUUCAAUUUUUAUUUUAUUUUUAUUGAUAAAAGCAAAGCAUGACACUAUUAGCUGAAAUAUGUUAAUUUUAAUUUUUAAAAGAUCAUGUUUUAAUUAACAAGUCCUAAAUGGUAUUUUCUAGAGCUCUGACCAGAGUUUCUUUCAGGCAUCUUUUCCAGUGGAACUACCUCCCCCUCUUUCCCUAAAGCACAUCUACCAUCCUUGGGGGGAAAAAAAACCCAGCCCCUCCCAUUUUGUAAAAGAUGAUCAAAUACUCAAGAAAGUAUACAAUUUUUACUAAAGCUUCUAAAAGUUAUCUGAAGAAAGUAUGCCUUGUAUACUCUACAUUGAAUAGCUUCUACUUAUUUUCUCACCCACUUUCAUUUGAUAUAUCUUUGGAAAUAAUUUACCCCAUUAUUUGAUCUCAAUGAUACAUUAUUUCUGGGGGAGUAAAUACAAAUAGACUGUGCUUUUUAUACAUUUCAUCUUCAAUAGAACUGCUAGCUCUAUUCUUCUGUCUUUCGUCUAUCAUUUUUUUCUUUUUGUCUCUCUUUACAAAGUAUCAGAGUUUAUAUCUUUACUUAAAUCAAUUCUCUGAAAUUGAAUUCAGGUCAUGUCAUUCCAGCAGCUUUAUAUUCCCUUGCAAGUGAUCUUCAUAUAGGGUUCCUGCUUCUUGUACUUCAAGUUUCUGUACCUUUAACUUUAUCAAGAGCUGUUAUUUUGGUUGAUUAGCAUCCUCAGGAAUUUCAUGAGCUCUUGUCAUAUUGUUCUAUAGAGAAUCACCUUCAUAAAUUCUGUCAUAUUGUUCUAUAGAGAAUCACCUUCAUAAAUUCUGUCAUAUUGUUCUAUAGAGAAUCACCUUCAUAAAUUCUGUCAUAUUGUUCUAUAGAGAAUCACCUUCAUAAAUUCUGUCAAAUUGUUCUAUAGAGAAUCACCUUCAUAAAUUCUGUCAUAUUGUUCUAUAGAGAAUCACCUUCAUAAAUUCUGUCAUAUUGUUCUAUAGAGAGUCACCUUCAUAGAGUAAUUAUUUUCACUAAGUAAUUCCCCAAUUAGUUGAUUAGCCUAAUGUUUAAUUAAAGCCUUCUGUAAACUUUUCUUGCUUCAGUUCUAUCUGCCAUGACAAAGACAAAUAUGAUUAUACCAUUGCUUAUAUGUCUUUACUUUUUUAUUACACUUGGAUCUAGUAUCCAUUGUAAAUAGCUUUUGGUGUGUUUUUUAAUAUUAGUUUUCUUUUAUUUUUUUAAAUUUUAUUUUAUCCAGAUAUUUUAUUUAUGUGGAGUUUACAUUCCAAAUCAUGUUUUUGUAGAACCUAAAAAGACUAAUUUAAUUUAAAGAUAAUAAUUGAGUUUAAAAGACUAAAUUUAUUUACAACAACUUUUUUCACAUUUAUGAUUGGGGUUGUUCAUAAAUGACAUCACACAAUUUCUGUUGAUUUGCUUGAUGUCCACUUAAAAACACAGACACCCCUACCCAAACAAUACAAUAAAUUCUCUUAUUUCUAUCUCUUCAACUAACAAAACAACAUUCUAAAGACUUUUAAAACUUUUUCCAACAUUUUUUAAGGAACACAAAACAUGCUACAUCAUUCUUAUUAAGAAAGACAAAAUAUACUACAACACACUUAUUAAGAAACACAAAAUAUACUACAUCACACUUAUUAAGGAACACAAAAUAUACUACAUCACACUUAUUAAGGACACAAAACAUGCUACAUCACACUUAUUAAGGAACACAAAAUAUACUACAUCACACUUAUUAUGGAACACAAAACAUGCUACAUAAAUUUUCUAAGGAAUACAAAACAUGCUACAUCAUCAGUUUUACCACCCCACCCACCUAACUUGUGUGAUUCAAGUAUGGACGGCCCCUUGAAAGUAACAGACAGUAGAUAUUAAUGUAAAAUUUUUAUUUUAGUAGUAAUUUGGAAUUCUACAAUAUUAAAAAGCAUUGUUUAUACAUUGUUUAUACCAUUUUACAAUGUUUACUUUAGGUAAAUUAAAUUAUUUAAAAGUAUUUUGAGAAAGUUGAUUAAAGUUAAAAAACAGUUAAAAUGAAAUGAUGAAAAGGAAUUUUAUUUACAAAAAUCUAUAUCUACAUUGAAAGAAUGUAACUUUUUUAAUUCUAUUUUUUUCAUGUUGUUUUUAUGCUUUUUUUUAUCAUUUAAAAACAUUCCUGUUAUUUUAUUCCAAGCAAAGUUGUUUUUUUAAAUGACAUCUUAAAUACAUGUGUUUUUCAAUUAUAAAUUGUAAGGAAUUGUGAAAUGCUUAGCACAACCAGAUUUUUAAAAAAAAAAGUUUGUUUUUUAAAUUAAAAAAAAGCAUUUUUAGAUUAUUUUUGUACACAAAAAAAAAAUGUGUCUACCAUCCUUUAAUUCAAAGAAAGAGCACAGAAAAUGAAAUGUUGCUUAAAUUAUUUUUAAUGAAAUAAAACAGGAAUAUAAAAUAUG